AUUUCGAUAGCAUUACAUCCCGCAAUGAUGAGCGACUCCGUCGUUUCAUUCGCCAAGGAUUUUUUGGCGGGAGGAGUUGCCGCCGCCGUUUCUGAAACUGCUGUUGCGCCUAUAGAAAGAGUCAAACUUCUGCUACAGGUCCAGCACGCCAGCAAACAAAUCACCACAGACAAACAAUACAAAGGCAUUGUAGACUGUGUAGUGCGUAUUCCUAGGGAGCAGGGCUUCUUGUCUUUCUGGAGAGGAAACUUGGCCAACGUCAUCCGCUACUUCCUGACGCAGGCUCUCAACUUCGCUUUUAAGGAUAAGUAUAGGAGGAUUUUCCUAGAUGGCGUUGACCAGCGCACACAGUUUUGGAGGUACUUCGCAGGUAACCUUGCAGCUGGUGGUGCGGCUGGAGCCACGUCUCUGUGUUUGGUCUACCCGCUUGACUUUGCCAGAACCCGUCUGGCUGCCGAUGUGGGGAAAACUGGCACCGCGGGGAGAGAAUUCAAGGGCCUCGCAAACUGUUUAGUGAAGAUCUACAGGUCUGAUGGUGUGAGGGGCUUGUAUCAAGGCUUCAAUGUGUCUGUGCAAGGCAUCAUCAUCUACAGGGCGGCAUACUUCGGCAUUUAUGACACUGCAAAAGGCAUGUUACCUGACCCAGAGAACACUCAUAUUGCGGUCAGCUGGAUGAUCGCUCACACUGUCACUAUAGUCGCUGGCUUCAUAUCGUACCCGUUUGACACAGUGCGGCGCUCCAUGAUGAUGCAGUCUGGACUUAAAGGAGCUGAUGUAAUGUACAGCGGCAGCAUUGAUUGCUGGAGGAAGAUCGCGCGUAAUGAGGGACCAAAGGCCUUUUUUAAGGGCGCCUGGUCCAAUGUGCUCAGAAGUCUGGGGGGAUCCAUCGUCCUGGUUCUCUACGACGAAUUCAAGAAGGUCAUUUAAAGGGAUCGUUCACUCAGAAAUGAACAUUUACUCACUAUUUACUCGUCCUCAAAGUGGAUAUGAGUUCAUUUCUUCUGUUGAACACAAAAGAAGAUUUUUGAAGAAAGCUGAAAGCCUGUUACCAUCGACUUUGAUGGAACCUUUUCACAUUUCCAUGUUUCUCAGUAGCGGAAAAGUCAUCAUAGUUGGUCAAAUUAGAGUGCAGUCAAUAAGAGAGUACAACAAAUAUUUUUGGUAUAAUAAUGAUGUAAUACAUAUAUAAAUAGGCGACGCAGUGGCGCAGUGGGUAGCAUGUUCGACUCACAGCAAUAAGGUCGCUGGUUCGAGCCUCGGCUCAGUUGGCGUUUCUGUGUGGAGUUUGCAUGUUCUCCCUGCCUUCGCGUGGGUUUCCUCCGGGUGCUCCGGUUUCCCCCACAGUCCAAAGACAUGCGGUACAGGUGAAUUGGGUAGGCUAAAUUGUCCGUAGUGUAUGAGUGGUUGUGUGGAUGUUUCCCAGAGAUGGGUUGUGGCUGGAAGGGAAUCCGCUGCGUAAAAUCUUGCUGGAUAAGUUGGUGGUUCAUUCUGCUGUGGCGACCCCAGAUUAAUAAAGGGACUAAGCCGACAAGAAAAUGAAUGAAUGAACAUAUAUAAAUACAUACACAUGUAAA